AUGGGUAGCGAAGCACAAAUUACAAAUAUUGUUAACGACAUUCUGAAAGUCGAAGCUAUUGAAGAAGCUUUUAGUUGUGUCAUUGUCCAUCAUCCAGACAGUGAAAGUGAUAAAAUUACAACAUGGCAGUCAGAGUUAACUUCGGUUAUGACAGGCUUAAAUGUGGAACAGCAGGAGAGUGCAGUGCGUCAGUUUCUCUCUAUGGCAGCGGCAAUGACUAAUCACAGUCGACUACAGUUAUUACUCUCAUUAUUGGAAAACUUAGUGACAAGCAAUGUUUUGUCAGCGAGAUUAGUUACCGAAUGUAUCUUAACCUGUGAUAAAUUACAGUAUCAAUUAGAGGACUUCUGGGUAGAAUGUUUUGGUUUAAUAAGGCGAAUUAUUGGUAGAGUUGGUUACAAAGGUGUCAGGGAAAUAAUGAAGGGUUGCCGAGAAAAGGCUCAGACAAUCCCCACAAGGUUAAAUGCAUCAGUUCAACCACAACUCAAAGCAUUAGAAAAUGUCAUCGAGCACAUAUUUGAUCGAAAUGCUUGCCUUUUACCAAGUUACUUUAUCGUUGACGAGAUUCAGAAGGCCUACACUGAUAAUAAGAGUUGGCCUCAUUGGAAGCUGGCGAAACUACUUUCUAGUUUUGUUGAAAGUUUUCGAGCUGCUGCACAAAUGGUAUCCAUAGUGGGCCACUCAAAGAUGUUACCCGUAGUUGAGCAUACAGGGUACGCAGACCACCUAAUCAAUCCAUGGCUAUUGGAUCCCAAUACGCUCAAAUUCUCUCUGAAAGGGAAUUUACCUUAUGACCAAGACUUAGUUAAACCUCAAACCGAGCUACUGAGAUAUGUCUUAGAACAGCCAUACAGUCGAGACAUGGUAUGCUCAAUGCUUGGUUUACAGAAGCAACACAAACAACGUUGCGUUGCCUUGGAGGAACAACUCGUGGAACUAGUUAUCUUGGCUAUGGAGCGAGCUGAAAAUGAUCCUCCACCAGCAGAGGGAACGGAUGGUACAGUUUCAAACCACUGGGUCUGGUUGCACUUAUCGUCGCAACUUAUAUAUUUUGUGCUCUUCCAAUUCGCUUGCUUCCCUACAAUUGUGAUGGCAAUUCAUAAUAAGUUGGCUGGACGGGAACUGCGGAAAGGAAGGGAUCACUUAAUGUGGGUCUUAUUACAAUUUAUAUCUGGAAGUAUUCAACGUAAUCCGUUAUCUAAUUUCUUGCCCGUGUUGAAAUUGUACGAUCUCCUGUACCCGGAGAAGGAGCCGUUGCCAGUUCCCGACUUCAGUCAAGCUCUGUGCACGCAUCAAAUGGCGAUCACUUGCAUUUGGAUUCAUCUCCUGAAAAAGGCACAAUCCGAGCAUCUCAACAUCCAUCGACCCAUUCCUCUAACUUUGAAAGUCCACCACGAAUUCCUGCAACACUUGGUCCUCCCAAAUACGACACUUUGUAUGGGCUCGGAUUAUCGUAUAGCGUUACUUUGCAACGCAUAUUCCACAAACCAGGAAUACUUCAGUCGACCGAUGGCUGCCCUGGUGGACACAAUUUUGGGCACUCAAAAAGGACAGCAACAACAGCCUCUGCAAUCGCUACAGAACAACGCUGCGAUGGCAAAUGGACCAACGACACCAUUGUCGAUGUCCAUUUUGGACUCGCUGACAGUUCACUCGAAGAUGAGUCUAAUACACAGCAUCGUCACUCAUGUGAUCAAGCUGGCACAGUCAAAGAGCAACAUGGCAUUGGCACCAGCUCUUGUUGAAACUUACAGCAGACUGCUAGUGUACACUGAAAUCGAGAGUUUGGGAAUCAAAGGCUUCAUAAGCCAGUUAUUGCCAACGGUGUUUAAAUCGCAUGCUUGGGGAACGUUGUACACGUUGCUGGAGAUGUUCAGUUAUCGAAUGCAUCACAUUCAACCACACUACAGAGUGCAGCUACUGUCUCAUCUGCACAGCCUUGCAGCGGUCCCUCAGACAAAUCAAACUCAGCUACAUUUGUGUGUCGAAAGCACAGCUCUCCGCCUCAUCACAGGAUUGGGCUCGGCAGAGGUCCAACCUCAACUGUCGAGGUUUCUGUCCGAACCUAAAACUCUGGUGUCAGCCGAGUCGGAGGAGCUCAAUCGGGCUCUGGUGUUGACUCUUGCACGAUCCAUGCACGUUACUGGGACUGGUGCGGACAGUCUGAGCGGUACGUGGUGUAAAGAAUUAUUGAACACUAUUAUGCAGAACACACCGCACUCCUGGGCGAAUCAUACCCUGCAGUGUUUCCCUCCAGUGCUCAGUGAAUUCUUCCAGCAAAACAGUGUGGCGAAGGAGAACAAGCAGCAGAUCAAGAAAGCUGUGGAAGAGGAGUACAGGAACUGGGCAUCGAUGAGUAAUGAAAAUGAUAUAAUUGGACACUUUUCUGUUCCUGGAACUCCGCCACUAUUUCUGUGCCUCUUGUGGAAGAUGAUCCUGGAGACAGAUCGGAUCAGUCCCAUAGCGUAUAAGAUUCUAGAAAGGAUCGGAGCAAGAGCCCUGUCGGCUCACCUGAGGAAAUUCUGUGACUACCUUGUUUUUGAGUUUGCCAAUAGUGUCGGUGGACAACAUGUCAAUAAAUGUGUGGAUACCAUCAACGACAUGAUUUGGAAAUAUAAUAUCGUCACCAUUGACAGGCUCGUCCUGUGUCUCGCUUUGAGGACUCAGGAAGGUAGCGAGGCUCAGGUGUGCUUCUUCAUCAUUCAGCUACUUUUACUUAAGGCUGCAGAAUUUCGAAACAGAGUUCAGGAAUUCGUUAAAGAGAAUUCACCGGAGCAUUGGAAACAGUCAAACUGGCAUGAGAAGCAUCUUGCCUUUCAUAGAAAGUUCCCGGAGAAAUUCGCUCCCGAAGGAAUCAUGGAGCAGACAACAGGAGGACCGAGCCAGUACCAAAGUCUUCCGGUGUACUUUGGAAACGUAUGCUUACGAUUCCUUCCUGUCUUCGACAUCGUUGUACACAGAUAUUUAGAAAUUCCUCCGGUAUCGAAGAGCUUAGAGAUACUGCUCGAACACUUGGGAUGCUUGUACAAAUUCCAUGACCGUCCUGUUACUUAUUUGUACAACACGUUGCAUUACUAUGAAAGGAAGCUACGAGAGAGACCCCCAUUGAAGAGACGUUUGGUCUCUGCUGUUUUGGGAUCAUUAAGAGAAAUCAGAGCGCCUGGCUGGGCUUUGUCCGAAGCUUAUCAAAUGUAUAUGGCUCGGUCAGCUGAUGACGCAGUCACCUGGGUGCCAGAAUUGGACUACUAUAUCCGCCUUGUCCAGAGAAUUGUUGAGACUAUGUCAGGAACAGCACACUUUCCUGCCACUGAUUGGAGGUUCAACGAGUUUCCCAAUCCAGCAGCUCAUGCCUUGUACGUCACUUGUGUGGAACUUAUGGCAGUUCCUGUCGCUCCUAAUUUAGUUGCCAAUUCAUUACUUGACGUGGUUGCCAAAGGGUACACCGUAAUACCAUCGGAUGAAAUACAUUUGUGGAUUAAUUGUGUCGGUUUGUUACUGGCAGCAUUGCCAGAGUGCUACUGGUCUGCAUUACAUGACAGACUCGUGGAAACUGUUAGCUCCGGUCUUGCUAAUUGGCAGUACCAUAAUUUAACUCCAUUCCAACUCUUCAAUUUUAACAUUACACAUAACAGUUUGUUAGAAAACAAAUACAGUUACAUGCUGGCUUUGGCUCACUCGAUUUGGCACCAUGCCGGAGUAGGACAGAUCACAACGGUGCCUCAGUUCAUCAAGGAGAAGCUUCAACCUGUGGUGACUACGGAGGAGCAAUUGAUAUUUGCAUACCAUCUAAUAGGUCCCACCUUGGCACGGUUUGAUGCAGAAAGACCUCGUUGUGUUGUAGAACUCACUGUGAUUUUAUAUGAAAUGCUAGAAAAGGUGGACCGCUCGCAAACCCACUUGAAGUACAUGGAUCCCGUUUGCGACCUGCUGUACCACAUUAAGUACAUGUUUGUUGGAGACAGCAUGAAGACUGACGUCGAAGGUAUUAUACGUAGGCUAAGGCCUGCACUGCAAAUGAGACUUCGCUUCAUAGCUCACUUGAAUAUUGAGGAGAUUCACAACACAUGAGACUGAGUAUUCUUGACGAAUAAAGAUUUGCCAUUCCUGAGAGCCAAGAUCUCUAUUGUAAAUAAUUACGUUGGCUGUCUUUUUCGAUUUUUGUCUUAACUCAAUCACACUUUGUCUUUAAUUGAUGGUUAAUGAACCGAAGAGAUGCUGCGUAUGUGUUGUAUCAACAUGAAUACCUAAGGUGUAUUGCAAGAAAUAAUUAUACAUUUUUACGACGGAA